AUGACAUCCGUUCCGCUGCUUGCUGCAGCUAUUCACAUGGGAAAAUUCUGCGACAAGCAGUCAAAGGUGCUACCGUUGACGACUUGCUAAUCUCGUAGGAGUUUAUGCUAUGCAAUCAGGAACACCAUGAUCCUCGUAAAUGCUUAAAAGAAGGAAAGGAGGUCACAUCCUGUGGUCUUAAAUUUCUUAGUCUCUUGAAAAGGAAUUGCGCCGACCAGUUUACACCUUAUUUUCAGUGUAUAUACAAACACGGUGGCCACACAUUUUCCAUCGAGAAGUAAGUUCUCAGGGAUCUCCUGCCUCUUUAAAGAACCUGUCUCUCACCAUUUAUUUGACGCUUUAUCUCGAAUUUUCUCUCUGGGUUGCUUUUUCCUCUAGCUCCAUGAGAACGUUUUGGUGUUAAUUUCCUCUAAUAUAGUGCUCAUCGCUCUUUUGUCUCAUAUCUCAGAAUCUUCCGAUAUUUACCUGCCUCAUCCCUUAUUAGUCCUUUCCAGUCUACUCAUUAUAUUCUAGGGCCGUCAUUGCCAGGCUAGGCACUGUCUCGGGUGUUCUAGUAAUUAAUUGUGUGCGACAAGAGAAACCAAAAAAGCACUAAAAGCACUUUUCUGGCUUAUGUUGCCAACGAUCCCUGCCACCGUACUGAUGCCCAGUAAGAACUAAGGAGCAACUAAGUGCAAAAGUCUGGCGUAUAUAAACCACUCCACCGAUCCCGUAGUAGCAAGUUUUGGUCCCGCAGUCGUAUGCCAUUUUGAAUGCAUUCCUAAACGCACCUUUGAACUGAUUAGAAUCAGAUUUGUGGUCAUCAUUCCACAUUCUUAGAGCAUUGUGUGGGAAUUAGUGAAUUGACAACGAGUUGAUCGUCUGCGGAAGGGACGUUGGUGUACUAGACUCCUAUGGCACACUAGUAAACGGCUCAGUAACGUGACGUUGUGGUCGCUGUCAUCGUCUAUGCAAGCAGUUGGCCAUCCCUACUAAUAUGCAUUCAGUGAUCAUACAAAUACAUUUAACACACGGUGUGGAGACCAUUGGGAGCACAUGUCCCCAUAAUCUCCAAUAUUGUGCUUAAUAUUGUUAGUCUCCUGUUUCUUUUUCUGGCCUCCCGCGUCCUUCGGGAUUCACUACCUCAUAUCGUCAAUAACCAUCCUAUUAAUGUGUCCCGAAGGCUAUGAAAUUUCUUUUGUUUGUUAAACUUACCAGUCAUUAAAAAUCUGGCUUCGGAGCGCUGGGGUUUGACUAAUGUCUGUUCUAUGAACUGCUAAUGCGUCCCUUUUUAGUUCGAAACCGAACGUAGUACUUACUUGAACUUGGUACGGCUGCGAUCGUGUCUGAUCUACCCGGCCUCGAUGACGUAGUCUGUUUCCACGUAUAUUCGCCCUCCGUUAGUUCAUUAGCAUAGACAUGCUUAGUGUUUGAACCGAAGAGAAAUGCCAAUAUGAGUGCUGUCGGUUGCACUAAAGGUAAACUUCUGUGCAUAUAAUAAGCUUUUUGGUUUUAAGAUUGGUCUUAUGAACCUCAUUUGCAACCUUAGAGAGCUUACCGUAUAGUCACCGAGUGGGAACGGACAGUCUUUUGGCAUAAACUCAUCGUCCUGAUUCACCACGCCGCAGGCGUUACCUAUGAGAGACAAUCAUUUUGGUUUGUACUCCAGAUCAUAUGGAAAACGACCCUUGUUCGCAACAGUCAUAGGGAAACAAUCAUUGGCUGGCCGAUGGAGCUGGCUCUUGCGACUGUACCGUGAAUUCCACUCUCACUCCUUCCAACCCGUCGGUUUUUUCGACGUUGUUCUAGAUUUACGGUGUCUCAUGUAUGCCGCUGACCCUUGAGUCGAUCAUAACCGCAAUCAGGAAUCAAAACAAAAACAGUGAAACCUGUGGCGACGCCCUAACACAGUCGUUUUCUGAGUGCCGAACAAACUGCCAGAGUCAGACGACCGGAGCUAUGCCAUCCUAUCUUCAUUCGGGAAAAUUGACAGGAUACGUGACAAAUUAAUAUACUUUGAAUUUAGUUGCCUUUGCUGCCAAGACCUUUGUGAUCAUCUCUCUGAGAAAAUCUUGGACGGUCUGCUAUGUGACACAGUUAGAUUGAAGUUUGGCAGUGAAAAACUUGGCUAGAUCCUGGACUUAACAGUAUCAGCGUCUUCGCAUCAGAUUUCUGGAAAUAGCGGAAAGCUAUAAACAGAAUGUUAUUACCGACAUAGACAAGGGAGACCGGUAAUAACAUUCUACCUAUAUCAUGCGCCGCUGUUCGGCAGCUAGUUGGGCUAAAGAGAGAGCCCGUAAGGCACAACGGAACGAGUGAGUCCCGUAAGAACGAUCGGUGAACGCCCCUCUACCAUUAGGAAGUUAUGGAUGACCAACUCCAUUCAAGCAUGCUGAUGGCCCACUCAUGGUCGUGUCCUGCCGCAGGAACUCCCACGUAACUUCUACAGAUCCACCCCGGUGUACAACAAGAUCCUUCUGCAGCCCGUUCACUUCAGAUGUUUCAUGGGCGGAAUGCUCGAUAGGACACUUUGCGUUUUCAAAGACGUCGAUCUAUCACAGAACCGCGCCUAUGACCUCAUAUUCCUGUUUCCCAGAUUUAACGAUAUGAGAAAACCAUCAACAGUUUUAUGGAGGUUUCUAAGCCCUUUGCCCUUAAAAUUUGUCGUAUGAAGACUGACAUUUUCCAGAACUACUCUCUGUUGACAGUAAGUUGUUCCUGCACCUCAAUCGUUCCCAUGUUGACCAAGUAAGUUUUCCCAAGUAACUUGAACCAUUUUCAUCACAAAUGAACAGAAUAAAACUAAUUAGCAUGAUAUUUGCAGUCUCCUGAGUUUUCCUCGAACUACAGAAUCCAUGCGAAAUUUUAAUUUUCAAUGGAUUUCGAGUUCACAAGACAGCAGGACGAGCCAUAUUUCUGUCCGGUUGUGCCUCUUGGUCAGCGAGAGCUGAAGUUAGGUGUGGUUGACUAGGGCAUUUACUCCCAUCGUGGUAUCUUGGAUAGCAUUUAUGUCAAGUUAUUCCAGAACGAGACUUAAGCAUGGCAACCAGUAACCUUAUAACCCUUGCUCCGAACCUCUGACCGUGCUGUCUGUGGAAACGACGUUGAGGUGGCCAACUGAAGCAGCGGCUGGAUAUUGGGCAAGUGAACCUUGGUUUGACGACAAACUGUGCUCCCCGACGUAAUUAGCAGUCAGAACGGCAUAAUAAGUGCAUCCAAGGAUCCAGACAGGGUUUACUAGACAUGGAAGCUAGCGUUCUCCCUGUUUUUUUUUGUGGUCCAAGCCAUAUCUGUUGCCUUGUUAAAAUUCAUUGAUAAAAAUAUGACUCUGUCGACUACUGCCACCGCCUGCAAACUUCUUCAGUGUGUUCGAACGUUUUCCGCACGAGUUAGUAGGAUACUCCACUCAACUUCGGGAUUCUUAUUGACAUGCCAUCAACCUUCAAGGCCCUCUGACAGACGGUUCUGCUAGCCUGGUCAACCGUCGCAUCAAAAUCGAAGGAUCAGGCAGCCGCGUUUACCCAAAAAGAUAUCGCCUCAAGAUUCGUCACACGGUGAACGCCUUGUUUGCCCACCCCGCCCCUAUAUGCAAAAACGGUUAAUAAGGGUGUCAGCGGAAAACUUGACGCUAGAGCCGCUAUUGUGUAUUCCAGUUGGUAGUUCGUCGUCACUCAGGGUUUUGCUGUUUCAGAGGCGCUUUAUAACGGCAGAGGUGUCGCUGGGCGCAUGCACUAAUGGCGGCCAAACCAGCCUAGCAAAGCACUCUAUGCAGUAGAACAGAUUUUGAACCGGCUAAGUACUGAUUUUGUUUAUUACUAUUUUGCUCGUCAGACUAAAGUCACAAACGGCCAGCGUUCGCUCAAAUUCCAUUGUCAUAUUUUGUUGAUAUAGGUUCUACAUAACCGUCAUUGUUUGUGCUGUUUGAAUUUCUCAAAGUUCCGAGUCUCAGACGAGACAGAUGCACUGCGCAUCCUCUGCAACUUAUGUGGUCUUGGUUUGCGCUUGCUAUAAUGCAAUUGGGCGGACGAAGAAUCAGAAGUGGUGUUUAUAAAUAAACCCCCUUAGGCUUGCAUAAUGAACAGCUGAGUGUUCUUGCAAAGCAAAGACUCUGCUUUCACUUGUAUAUAUGACUACUUUGUUAUAUUAGCUUUUGGGAGCGCCAUGCCUUUACUUUGGGAUAAAUUUCCAGCCCGUCUUUGGAAGAGGGCGCACUCGCACAUGCGAGCAUAUGAUUUAGGCUCAGUCGGCCACCUCAGUCGGCGUUGAACAGCUGUUAAAAACCACCCUUGCCCAGCGUCGGCUUAUAAGAAUGUACUCUGUGUCACCCUCUUAUCAUAAAUGAAUACCAGGCCCUUAUGUCGCUCCUCGGAUUCGGAGGUCUCUUGUGAACUCCAACCAGCCAAUUUAUGCAAAAUCCGAAUGUUGGUCGUCAGAGUCAUAUAGAUUGCCUUCCGGCUUGACACAGGUGCAAUGUCUGAUUUAUCAUACACACCGAUGUAGUAGGGAUAAGUAAACGACGUCCGAUCGUAGCAAUUGUUGCUGGGACCAGGCUCCUUAUGCAUCACUAGUUCAGAUGUCAGAGUUGGACAAGGUAUGCAUCGUCGACAGUUGUUUCACGCAGAUUCGAGGUUACGGCAUUCCGGUGGGCAGCACAAAUCCCCUCUCCUUGCCGGGGUGUUUUAGUUUGCAUACUGGAUUUCUGGCACAGCAACAGACUCCCAAACAUGUCGGUUGCCGUACCAGGAUGCCACCAGAUCCUUCCGUUGUAUGGUUAAGGCCUUAAACCGUGAAGCUGUGGUUUCGGAUGGUGCCACGUCGGAUGCCAAGAAACACCCGUCAUACCAGUCCCGUUUUGUUUUCGCCGUAGUCCUGUGGAAACCGUUUAAUAUGCCCCGUCUGAGCGGCUUAUGCAUUUCUUCCAAUUCUUAUAAAACAUCUCUAUGCUCUGACCCGUAUAUCUUUAAUCAACUAGUGAGUUUCUUACACAUUUAGCAUGUCACGCAGCAUAGUUCGCAAUAUCACUUUGGUCGAAAUCAAGGCAACUUGCAUACUGAGUGAACCUGCCUUUUACUCAGUGACAUUUGACGCCUAACGCCUUGCUAGACAUUUUGAUCUUCUUCCCUGUGGGCGGCAUUUCCUUACCUUUUUCGGCUUACUUUUCGAUCUUCAAGUGAAGUCUUUUGGUUAGCAGUCUACAUUUGUGCAGAAAUUAGACUGUUUUUGACUUUGUGAUCCUCUCUUAUCCUUUGCGUCUUCCAGCUGUCGAAAACUCCAAUACCCGCUGGACGAGUGCAUAAAAACGAAGAUGGGCCAGGAAAGACCUGAACUGGGCUACUUCAACCGUGUUCGUCUCAUCGACACCGACCGUCCUCGGCCAACGCCCAAGCUUGCUCCAAUGCCUGAGCGCAUCGCCGAUAUGCCUGACUUUGACAGUAUGCCAGAUCCGGAGAAUUUAGAAGCCAGGAAGCACAUGAAUGAGGCUAUGGUGUAA